GUGGCGCGAAUAAACAAGUACCUUCCCUUUCCAAUGUCUUACGUUUAGCUCACAUAACAAGUGACAAAAACGUAGCGAAAGUCUUCGCUUAUUAUCUCUGUAGACUAUAAUUCAGCCGACUGACACUUAGUUUACGUGUAGGACUUUGUUUUUGUUUAGUGGCACUGGCACCUUAACUGAAGCGAAAUCAUGUCGGACUCUUUCUCUGACAACAACAGCCAAGAAGAAUGUCAGAACGAUGACAUGACCCCGGCGGAUCUGAUCGCUAAACUGGAGGAAGCUUGGCUCAAUGAGAAGUUCUCUCCAGAGCUUCUAGCAAACCAGUCCGAGGUGGUGGAGUGUGUCAUGGAGCAGCUCACUCACAUGGAAGAGAACCUGCAGAGGGUGAAAAAAGGCGACGCCAAGGCCAGCGUCCAUCGCAUGGAGAUCGACCGCAUCCGCUUUGUGUUGUGCAGCUAUUUACGCUCUCGUCUGCAAAAGAUUGAAAAGUUCUUCCCUCAUAUCCUUGAAAAAGAGAAGUCUCGCAGUGUAGGAGAACCAUCGCUGCUUUCGCCUGAGGAGUUUGCCUUUGCCAAAGAAUAUGCCGCAAACACAGAAAGCCACUUGAAGUCUGUUGCACUGAACCACAUGCCCCCCAUCCUGCAGACACUUGAUAUGCUUAAAGCAGUACCUGCACCAUGCCUGGACUCCUUUGUGUUCUUGCGGGUGAAGGAGAGACAAGAGAACAUCUUAGUGGAGCCAGAAACAGACGAUCAAAGAGAGUACGUUGUGGAUCUUGAAGAGGGCUCGCAGCAUCUUAUGCGCUAUCGAACCAUUGCGCCACUUAUUUCAAGUGGAGCUGCACAGUUGAUCUAAAUGCCAAGGAGUGGGUGCCAUGGCCCCCAAGAGGUCACAACAUAUGGACCAUUUAACCUUUCUGGACACAAGCAGCGGGAAUGUCUUCAUAACAAACCCUGGCGGUUAUACGAUCAUAGCUACAUUCACACAAACGAGUGUAAAUGUCUCCAAGACUAAAGUUCAUCUAAUCCUGUUAAUCCUAAUGAUCAGGAUGAUUGGAUUGUUUUUGUGCUGCACUGGAAGACUUCAAAUUAUACAAAUUAUUUUGCCAUAAUAACAAAAGGAUUGUCAAAAGGGAGAUUUAGCUUUAUGCUUGUACCAAGUCCUACUAAAUUCCAAUGUGAAUAGACCCUACCUUUUCCUAAAAUUUGCUACAGUGUCUAUGACUUGUGGAAAAGGUUCAUUUCAGUCAUGUGUGUUUCAUACAGUCAUGUGCCUUGUCUUCUCUGAGGCAUAAUUGUUCUAAUAGUGCUGUUAUGUAAUUUUCAGCGAGGGCAAUCAGUGUUCAUUGUGUGCCCUCUCUCAAAUUGCCAAGUAAUUAGACCAAAUGUGUGAUUACAAAGCACCGAUUGAAAUGAGCUGAAAGCCAUUAUCUUGAUGAAGCAGUGCAACAAUCCAGGUUUAUCUGAUUGUUGUUUUGGUAAGACCAUUCAGAGCAGCAUCGUAGGCAAAGAAUGUUGAAGACUGUAUUUCAAAAAUAUUAAAAUAUUGAAAAAAAAAUUAA